UGCUUAGUUUGCAUUUUCAAGCUACGUUCUAUUCCAUCAGUUUAAAUUCAUCCAUCGACCGCAAUGGCACUGGCAUCAGUGAAGGACUACGAGAAGCGUGCAUCGGAGAUCAUCCCUCGCAAUGCACUGGAUUACUAUCGAAGUGGAGCGGGCGACGAGCUGUCUCUCCGCUUGAAUCGGGUAUGUUUCGAUCGGUUGCGUAUUCGGCCGCGUGUGUUGAAAAGUGGAUCCAAACGGGAUCUGUCGGUGAACUUGUUCGGCGAUCGGUACUCGAUGCCGAUCGGGAUCUCGCCGACAGCGAUGCAACGGAUGGCUCACCCGGAAGGGGAAGUGGCCAAUUCUAAGGCAGCUGCUAGUCGAGGCGUUGGAUUCACCCUGAGUACGAUUUCUACCAGUUCAAUGGAGCAGGUAGCCACCGGGACUCCGGGAUCCCCCAAAUGGUUCCAGCUGUACAUCUACCGCGAUCGGAAACUGACUGAGAGCUUGGUGCGUCGGGCGGAGAAAGCCGGAUUCAAGGCCAUCGUUCUGACCGUAGACGCACCAAUGUUUGGCCUCCGGAGGGCCGAUAUGAGGAACAAGUUCUCGCUUCCACCCCAUCUUGUUCUAGCCAAUUUUGAAGGUCGUCUGGCAACAGGAGUUCAAAGUCAAGGUGGAUCAGGAAUAAAUGAAUACAUCACAGAGCAAUUGGAUCCGACGCUGUCCUGGGACGAUGUGAAAUGGUUGGUCAAUUUUACCAGGCUUCCGGUGAUUGUGAAGGGAAUCCUUACCCAGGAAGAUGCCGUAAUUGCUGCGGAUAUGGGCGUUCAAGGUAUCUGGGUGUCGAACCAUGGGGCAAGGCAGUUGGAUUCAGUACCAGCAUCGAUAGAAGCUCUUCCAGAAAUAGUGAAAGCCGUUGGUAACCGCACUACUAUAGUAAUGGACGGAGGUGUAACCGAAGGUACGGAUGUAUUCAAAGCCAUUGCAUUGGGUGCCAAGAUGGUAUUCUUCGGAAGGCCGGCUCUGUGGGGUUUGGCCGUCAAUGGGCAACAAGGUGUGGAACAUGUUUUGGACUUGCUGAGGAAAGAGUUGGAUGUGGCAAUGGCACUGGCUGGCUGCCAAACUAUUGGAGAUAUCACACCAAAUCACGUGGUUCAUGAGUCGCUGUAUGCGAAGUUGUAAUAAUGUAAUCAUUGAAUGGAAAAGUUUGCAUGGAUUAUGAAGAAAAAUUAAUGAAUUACACUAUUCUGCUGUGUGAGCUUAACAAAAUGAAAUAAGUUACGAAUAAUGUACAUUACAGAAAAGAUUACAGGCUCCUGUUUUUUUUUGUUUUCAUUAGAAUCAAUAAAAGGUUGAAACCUUAAUCCCUA